UAUUGAAGUGAUGAUACCUAAAAGUAUAAUAAGUAGAUUCAAAAAUAAAUUAACGUUUGCUUACAAACCAGCAGCGAUAACGAACAAGAAUGUGACACUUUGUUUUAUACCUGGUUUUCGGUCAGAUUUUGAGAGCUCUAAAAAGUCAAGCUUAGUGUAUGAGUAUGCACAGGAACACGGUUUAGGGUUUCUUGCGUGGAAUCAUGGCGAAACGGGAUCGGUGGUUGAUUGGUGUCGGGAUGGGUUAGAAUUGGUUCAGUCUUGUCAAUUAAAGGAUCACUAUUACAUUGGGGCCAGCAUGGGGUUAUGGAUCUCUCUAGUGUUGGCAGAAAAGACGUCGCCUAAAGGAAUUCUGGGUAUUGGAGGAGGAGUUGAUUUUACAGAACGGUGGCUGAAAGAAGUAAAUGUGUUUGAUCGGAAUUAUAUUUGGAGAAGACCAAGUGCAUAUGAUGUCAAGGGCUAUUAUGAAAUUCCUGUUUCAUUUCUAAUUGAUUCUAGACCUGCAUUAAUCAAUAAGGUCAAAUUAGUAGAUUGUCCAGUGUAUUUGAUACAUGGCAGUCUAGACACUGAUGUAACCAUUGAACAUGCUAGAGAACUAAGUCACUAUUUAUCAUCAUUCGUAGCAACAGUCAGUUUGGAUGAAAUAUCUGACGGAGAUCACAGAUUGUCAAGAUCACAAGACCUUGAAUCUAUCCGUCACAAAAUAAAACUCAUGAUGGACUAACUUUA